AUGCCACUUGUGCACGGAUCAUACUUUGCCGUCAACCUUGAAUCAGAUCAUAUCAUCUUACAUGGUGCUCCCGAAGAAUCGGCCGGUGUUAUUCUACGAGGAUCCGUGGUACUGAACUGCAACGAAGCAACCAAAAUCAAGUCGCUAACACUCAAACUUGAAGGCAAGACAAAGGUCAAUUGGACUGAAGGACAUGGAUCACAUCAACGCCAUUACAAACAUGAAAAGACCAUCAUUGAGCACACAUGGACAUUCAUGGAAUUGAGACGUAAACCACAUCAGCUAUCAGAAGGCCGAUACAAGUGGGAUUUUGAAUUACCCCUUCCAGGAGACCUUCCAGGCACUGUACAGCAUGACUUGGGUCAAGUGUAUUAUCGAUUGAAGGCUGUAGCUGAACGACCUGCCUUUUCCAUGAAUUACGUUGCCAAGCGUAAUUUGACCAUCACUCGCCUUAUGCUUCCAUCAUCACUUGAAUUCAGCCAAUCGGUUGUCAUUUCCAAUGAGUGGACUGGAAAGAUUUCCUACAACAUCAGCAUCCCAAGAAAGGUCUACAGCUGUGGCACAUCCAUUCCCAUCACCUUUGACUUGGUACCUAUUGCACCUGGAUUAUCAGUGAGAGCCAUUGCAUGCCAUCUCAAAGAGUAUGCCGUAUUGAGCACUCAAGAGCACAGCCGAACCGAAGGACGUGUUAUUAAGACUUUGCGAGAUGCUCGAUUUUCUGGUCGACAAGAUCGAUGGAUUAGAACGGAGGUCUUAUACGUCCCCAGCCAAGAGAAUCGUCGCAUCCAAUCCGAUACUUGCAGCGAUCUCAUCAGAAUUAAGCAUAAGCUUAAAUUCACCGUAUGCCUUGUAAACGAGGAUGGUCACAUUUCUGAAUUACGAGCAGCCGUUCCCAUCAUUCUUGCCUCUGUGGCACCUGAAGAAGAUGCAAACGAAUUACCGGCAUACGAGGAUGCUUGGAAAUCUUUACCCUAUGAUCCCAAUACCAUCGCAGCGCUGAUUUCAUCCGGUGACUUGUCGGCAUCGGGAUUUUCAAGACCAUCCACUCAACUUUUCAAUGACGCUGGAAGUACAAGUGGUAGCAGCAGCAGUGAAGAUGAAGGCCCAGCACCUUGGGAAGGAUUUGACUUGACACGAGUGCCAUCGUAUUCAACAGCCUUACGCACGGGUCGUCAACAUAGCUUCAGUGGCCCAUCUUUGCCUCCGUAUGAAUCCCUUGUUUCUGUUACUCCAGCCGGUAACACAGUCGCAUGA